AUGGCAUAUUACCAGGAACAGGAAACUGAUGAAGACACGAGUUACGCCUUGAACAUCGAGGAUGAUGAGAACAUCUCCAAGCUUGAUGUUCUCCGGUUUGAAGGUGCCGAUACAAUCGUCUUCAUAGACCCUCCAUCAUACGUGCCAAACAGGUCAUUGCAGCCACAGUCUGAAGCGUCCAUUCCCCAUUAUGUUCACAGCCACACCCUCUUGGACACAAAGUCACCCUAUUUUACGAAACUUUUUGAUCCGAGAAGACAAGCUCGCAUGAUCAAGCGUUCUGAAUUUCUGGGAAAUCUACCAGAUGGCAUUAAAUACGUUAUUAACCUCACUCCCCCCUCAACGGACGACGAGGCAGUGGCGUUCACCACUGAACUAUCUUGUCCACUAGGUAUACGGACUUGGACCCGUGAAUUAAGCCGUUUGGAUUUACCUGUGGACUGUGUUGGCGGCGAAGACGAAGGAAUCGAAACUGAGGGUGGUAGUAACAAAUCGGCUUUUCCCUCUGAGUAUUCGGAUUCUCGUCACCGCACAGGUAUCGUACAUAUCCUGCAAGCUCUAGGAGGUGUUAACCCGUGUCUUGAUACGCCUUGCAAGCUUUGGACAUUCUUUGCACUGGCCAAGGUGUUUGGUAUUGCUACCAUAGGGCACAUCAAAAUCCAUAUUUUGACCUGGCUGUAUGACGGUACAAAUGCCUGCUUUAUCGAACUUCAUCCGGAAAUUACCUAUCGAAUUUCCCGCGGAAUUGAAUGCGACUAUCUUUGCCAGGAUUCCUUCACUGUCCUGGUUGGAGAAGAAGCUUUGUUACGUCUGGCCAAUGCGGGCAAACCUCCCAGACUCCAAUGGCCAGAGGUGACGUUCCACGGCCGACAACGCGAACCUUUGGAUGAUGAAGAUCGCCAACGGAUCGAGUAUGCGAGCCAGAGCCUUGUGGACCGUAUCCUCGAAGAAUUUAUACAAUUGACGGGCUCACGAAUGGACUGGCUCUUGCAGCUGCCGUCCACAAUGAUGAUCUCUAACCACAUCGAUGACUGUGUUGAACAUUGUUCAUUGGCAUCAGAUUUACUAUCCUCGCUCAAACUAUAUGUGCGGGGCCACAUCGUGGCCAAUAUGACCAGAUCCGUUGACACUUGGUCCUCGAGAAUAAACCAUUACAUUGAUCCCUGCAACUACCCAGCGCAUGAACACACCGAUGCUUACGAUAACAUGCGUUAUGUAGAACGCAUCAUCAGCAAGACGUUCUGGAGAACGGUCAGGGGUGAGGGGUAUAGCGACUGUCUCCGAAAGCCCGAUGAAAAUUUCCGAGAUAUGACAAUCGCCGACUUGGGCGGACAUCUCCACCUUUUCCAGACUGAAAAUGAGGCAAAACUCUCAUAUGUUUCCUUGGAAGACAUUCUGCUGGCAGUCAACCAGUUCAAUAACCACGUUGACUUUGAUAGCCCAAAGUUUGUCCAGCAUGCGUACGGUGGUGACAUAUACAUACAGAAAGAAGGUGGGAUUCUUCCAGAUCUAGAUUCUGACAUUGAGACCGAUGAGACACCCGAAGAAACUGCUACCGAAAGCUCCAUGGCAUCCGUCUUCGAUCCAAUCGUCUUCCUCCAGCAGGUGCGCACACGUUUGGGCGAUCUCACCGAGCGCAUGGCAAAGGGUUGCAGACAAGGAGCGCACUUCAAACUCACCGACACCAUCACCUGUCUUACCAGCAACGAGUUUAGAUACCUUCCGCUGUGGGCGGGUGGUGAUGAUGAUGGAUCUGGCGGCGUUUUUACAGAUCAAGGCAUACCUAAUCUCGAGACGGGCGGAUUCUCCAUGCCAGGACCUGCAAUCCACACAGGAAGUACUGCCCCCUCGACCAUUUCCUACUGCAAUAUCGCCCCAAGCGAGGGUCAAAGUACGGUCCAGCGUGCGUCCCACAUGGCCACGGGAAGCCAGUGGGCGGACGUCGUCAGCUUAAACUCCUCAGAGGGGCACGCCGUGGAAGACGAAAGCCAUGGACCAACCCCGGAUGAGAAGCCCAAAGACACAGAGGAGUCUUUCAUAGACAUUGACACAUCAGCGGACGACCUCGAGGACUACUUCGAUACUGAUAGCGAGGACGGUGACACGGUGAUUGUGGGCACACCGAGUCAGAGUGAGCCGAUUGAGGAGGCUUCGGAGAUGCUGGAGGACAUGUCUCUCGGGGUGGAAGCUGACUCGAAGUGA